CUAGAGAGUAUUUGUGUAUAUGCACGCUUCCCCUCCCUGCUCUCCAAGCGCUUGCAUCAAUGCAGGUCUUUGUGUGAGCUGAGUCGGGAACUGUGUUGAGUUAUGUCUGGGCUGGAGAGCUCUGUGUCCCAGCACGCAGCCAGCUUUACCUCUUCUACGUGUCCUGUCUGCGCUGUAGCCCUCCAGCUUUUCCAUGCAGACGGAGCCACGUGUCGAUACAUCUUCCCUCUCAGCAGCACUGGCUGAUGCUCCGUAAGUCCUUUACCGUUUGUCUAGUAUAGAGCUAUAUCCAGUCUUUGGUCUAGGGUCAAAAUGAGUUAAUGUUGGGAGAGCUGGUAUAGGUGGGACUCGGGUGGUUUUCUUCUGUUUCCUACACGUGCCAUCUAAAUACAAGAAGGCCAUCGGUGUACAAGGCCUCAUGGCCUUCCCCUCUCUGUUUUGUGUGGCAUGCAGGCAGUAGUUAGGAACUAAAUCUCCUCUGAAGCUGUUCUUGGCUGAAAUCUUUGAUCUGUCCCUCUACAUAGCAGCUAUACAGUAGAGAUACUUCUCAUAUCUGGUCACGUAAACAAGAAUUUAUUUCAGUGAAUCCUCUUUUCCUUAUAUUUUCCAACUGAAAACAGAAUUAUCUCGUGGAGUUGAAUUUCCCUCUUUUGCAGUGUUACCUGGUGAUGCACUGUUUAGACUGGGAAAGCGAUUUGAGGUGGAGCUCUUGUGAAAGAUGCCAUGCCCAGUACAGGUACGCUGGGUGCUAACUGGAAACAACAGGGAAGUGGGCUUUGCCGGUCAGUGUCAUGAGCAGUAGACAGUAGCUGAAGAUAUUUGCUUUAGGAAAAUAAUUAAACAAAAUAACCUCAUACUUGACGUGUUGGACAAAGGUAGGUUUGGUCUGUUCAGAUUAGUCUAGGUGAAGGUAUUAUUAGGAUUACACUUCAGCUGCCUGCUAACACAAGCUGUAAGAUUUUUCUUCCAUUUUAUUUUUAGUCAUACUGUCACGUAAAACUUUUAACAAGAGUUCUUGUGAUGACAGGUUGGCACUCACUUAGUCCUGACUAAUUAUCCCAAAUUAAAUGAUUGUUGUCUAGUAGAGAUGCGAAAAGUUCUUGAAGAGUUGCAGUGUAGCUUUUAAAAUGAGCAACGCUACUAUACGAAGGGAGAAAAUUGUCCUACCCCAGCAUCAGUUGUUUCCUUAGCGGUCUGCUUGGAGAUUCAUUCUGUAUAUGAGAGCGCACGAGCUGCCCUACGGCUUCGUUUCUUACCCAAAUGUAAUAGAUCAGAAAUUAAACCCAAAUUAAAAUGAAAUAGCAGUUUCUGGGAUUCUGAGAGUUGUCUGGUUGCUAAUGGUGACUUUAAUGUCUUUGUUUUAGGGUAACCUGGUUAAAGAAAGUAGUGCUUAUUAUUCUGUUGUGAUAGAGAAUAGGGAGGUGUCCCUGCCCAUGGCAGGGGGUUGGAACUGGAUUGUGUUUAAGGUCCUGUCCAAUUCAAGCCAGUCUCUGGUUCUGAGCUAAAUGAAGUUUCUCUUUAGUUUACCAUGAGUGUAGAAACUAGAAGUGAGGUGGAAGGCUAGUGAGAAUUGCAGGGCAUCUGAAGAGACUGCUGCUUAAAGCCGUUUACUUAGAUUUUCUGUUGAGUCUCCGGGGGGUGUUACUUUGGGAUGGUGCCAUCUUGAAAAGCAAGAUAAAUAAUAACAGCAGCUAUUUUGUAAGCUCUUGGUCCAGAACAGAGUUUAAGGACGGAUCAGGAGGCAAGGAUCUCUAAUCCCAGUGCAGAGAGCUGCUCUGGAGCAGUUCCAAGGGGCCUGUCCUGUAGGUAGGGGUUUUCUCUAAAGGCGCUGUGUAGAGGUGCGCAGUGUUUCUGUAGCUAGUUUGCAGUACGGGCUGCAGUUUCAGCGUGACCAUAUGAAUACCUCUGGAACGUGGGCUGCUUGUGUUGGUGUCACCGGGUGUUUCAGCUCUUUAUGUUUGCCUGGUCAUGGUGCUUAGGACCCCACUGCCUGGGGGUGUCAGCUGCCCAUGAGCCGUGGAGCGCUUCGUCACUUCUUUCCUUGUCCCACGCCCACUCUGAAACGCAUCGUGCCGCUACUGCAGCUUUAGUCAUUAGACUUCAGUCCACUGCUUGUAGGAAAUUUGAGUACUCUGCUGUGACAGAUAAGAAAGAGGAAAGAGGAUGGCUUUGUAAGUUACGCUGUAAUUUAAAAAUAAGCUUGUCUCGGAUUCUAUAAAGCCUAUCUGGAUGCUUUUCACAUUUCCAGAGGUGAAGAGCACAUGUGGUGUUAGCUGCUGAUGUGAGAGCUGUGGUUCCCUGGGUUUGUGGAUUGCAUCCCUGCCUUCUUGGUGGAAAGGAGAUGGUGCUCUCUUCGCCAGAGGCUCUGCUCCAAGGUCUCGUAGCACAGCUAUGAGGGGAGAACAUCUAUGCAAAGCUGAUGCGAACCCUUCGUUGUCGGAAGGAACUGACAUAAGUGGCUGCAACUGACCACUACGUUGUUUAAUGCUGACUGUGUCUGGUGUUCAGUGAACUACGUUUAUGGUGUUAACUUCUUGCUAACAGAACGUUUACUCCUUUCACUCCGAGGCACGUAUCUCAAUACUCUUUACUGCUUCUCAAAAUCCACUCAGGUUUGAGCAAGUCUUUGUUAUUAUGCACACACUCGUGAAGCAUUAGUCCGUUUCUUUCCUUCCUUGUCCAGCUUUUCUACUGUAUAGCUAAGCUUGGCAGCUUAAAUAUAUUCUUUUUCUGUUACAGCAGUGAUUUUUGUCACCUGGGACUGACCUGAACAGCCAGCCCAUGUCCUGGCAGUGCCAUGCUUCUGUCACUCUUUACUCUGUUUUGGUAAAAGCCCAAAUGGGAUAGUUACUUGGUGACAAGAUGCACGUUUUCUUUUUUUCCCAUACUGUCAGUGAUUUUUUCUCAACAGUCUAGCUUCAGAAAAUGCUUCCUAUACUUCUGUCAUUUAAUGAGUCAUUAGAUGUGUUUUGAAAUUGCCUGAAGCCUCUUUGUUCUUCUCCGCUGUUUACAGCGUACGUGAGGCAUGGUUCAAACUCUCUGCUUCGUGAAAUUGAACGCUGGCAUUAACGGUGCAUCUGCUUAGGAAGUCUUUGUAGUCCAGGAUUUAAAAGGAUCAUGUUUGUGUUCCGUAAGAUUGAAAAGGCAGGCGGUUUGAAAUGGCAUGAUAUUGAAUUAAAAUGUACCAGAUUCUCAAGGCGUGCCCCUAAUAACAGGAUAGGGGAGGGUUGUGGUCCUGCUGAGAGCUGUGCAGGCAGCGGGAAGCACACAGGGAAUUGCUUUCGUCAUGAAUUAACUUCUGGUGGCUGGAAAUUAGCAGUGUUGGAACGGGGCUGAAGAUUUCUGAGUGAUACAGUGGAUAGCCUGAUGGACGGCUGAAUGUGUCAAGAGCAUCGUAAAAAGUAGGGUGUAUGGUCUUUUCAGCAGAGAAAAAGGGAGGAUUGAGUGUUGGAGAAACUGCUCUUUUUUUGUGCUCAGUGACUGGCCUCUGAAAUGAGAAUUUAUUGUUAAAGCACGUAUGGGAAUGAAGGACUGCUGCCGGUUUUCCUCCCUCUGCCUUCCGCCUGUAUUGCUGCAUCUUCUUUCACUUUUGCAUUGGCAAUAGGUAGAAAGGCAAAAGAAGAGCAGAGAGCAGGAGGGAGAAAAGCUGCAAGUUUGAGAUGAAUGUGAUAGGUCUUAGCUCUCUGCUAAUACAGAAAACUUCUUAAAUUUUCAGAGUUCUUCUAGUGAAGGUGAAUAGAGGAGUUAGUCUGGUGGUUCAGUGUAGGUAUUGUUUGAAAUACUUUUAUUUGGAAUCCUGUAUCUCGAGCUGUACCUGCAGAAGCUAUCCGUUGCUGGCUUGUGUUCUGCCACCCGGGCGUUUAUCGUCAUCUCUUAGUGUAUUUGGAAGAGUGAUCCUAAAACAACAGUAAUUAAAUUUAUUUUUGUUACUGCGCAUGAAAAUUAAUUCUCAGUUCUUCAGAACGUGGAGCAGUAUUAAAAUCAGCAUUUGAGUUGGAAGAGAUCUUAAAAGAGGUGAUGUGUCUUCUAACUGCUAAUUGGCUUCUUAUCGCUGCAGGUAACUGCUACGGUUGUAGUCCAGGAACUAAAUAUUAAUGUCUGAUCACUGCUUUCUUAAAUAGUUAUUUAAUGUGGACUAGUAAAUCUUGCGUUAAUGAACAGUCAAAUUACUGUUCAGAGAUGAUAUCACUGGCUUUUCUGGUAGUUCUAUUUUCAUUUCCCUGUAAAAAUACCAUAAUAAACAGGUACCUUACUACCCUAAUACGUUGUCACAGCAAGAGUAUAGUACCAUAAUUAGACUUUUUUUAUUCCAGAAAUCCAGCUAAUGUGCUGUAGCGUGGUAUUUACUCGUCUUGCGAGAAUGAGAGCAAAUCUUGCGUGAGAAGGAGUUGCUUGACUUGUCCACUUAGCAGGUGGAUUUCAUAGGACGAGUUAAGACCUUGAUCUUACUGGCUGGUACUUUACAGAUCAGGUCUGUACUGUUACGGUAGCUAAAUAUUAAACAUUAUUUGACUUAAUUUUUAAGUCACUUUAAACCUUGAGAUAGGCUACUUGCAGACAAUAGAACGUAAAUGGAUGUAACCCAAAUAAAUUCCAGCAACCUGUACAUUUUUUCCUUUGCAAGUUUUACCUUUUGCAUGCAUUAAUUCUGCAAGCAUUUCUGUGUGCUCUUACCUCUUAUCUACGGAUAGCCCCUGAGGCCAGGGCUUAACAACAUGUUAGGGUGCUUGCUGCUGAAGGUAGCCACAAGGAAUAUAUAUAUAUUUUUUUUGUAUUUUACAGGAUCAUGUAGCAAGGUUUUUGAUGUGCCCCCCGGAUCAAUACCUGUCUUGUAUCAGGUGCUUAGCUGAAGGGCUCGAGUGACUGUCACCUCUGUUCGUGUUUCUGCCGUUUGAUUAGCGGUUAGAGAGGAUGCUUCUGUUCUGGUCCAAAGGCAGUGAAUGAAAAAACUGCUGCUGGUUUUCUGAGUCUUUGCUUUCUUUCGUGUAUGUGUCUGUGAGACACUCCCUUAAAAAGUUGUGCUGGCCGUUCACUGUACCUGCAGGCCCUCAAAAUCUUCCGGAGUUUGAUUCCCGUCAGUUUUGCAGCAGCAAUUCGGCAGACAAGCACGUUUAAGUCACAGCAGUAGGAGAAGGCUGCAAAGCGUGGCCCUGCCACAGCAGCAGAAGCCUUACAGCCUGGCUGCAGGAAGCCUUCCCCGCACCGUGCCAGCGCCCGGCAGUCUCACAAGGUACCUGGGGGUGCUGGGGGUGCGAGGCAGGCACGCUGGGGCUGAGCUACCCUCCCUGUGCUCACCUGACAGUUCCUACCCUGGGCGUCUCAGCGUGCCCAGGCGCUGCAGGUGGGCUGCUGCGUGAGCCAGGUCCCGUGCGGAAGGGCUGGAGAAGCCUCAGGUGGGUUUUGGGACCGAGUGACCGGCUGAGGGUGUAGGGGGACGCAGGAGGACGCCGGUGCUCCCCUGGCAGCACUUUGCUUUCUGCUGCCCCGCUGUGUGCAGACUUGCCCUGGUAGGGCUGGCGUGUAAGGAAGUGGUACCACAACUUCAUUAUUUCCCCGACUUUUGGAAGAGUCAUUUAGGGUAGGGAGGGUGACAGAAGGCGUAGAUGGAACCUGGAAAAACAUCGAGCUGCUGUCAAGUGUGUAUCAGGCGUGUUUGGGACCUGCUGUAUUUGUAUGCUUGAUGUGAAAGAAGCGAAUAUUAUCAUAUUUCGUUUCAACCAGCUGGGGCUAGGCUGGCAGCGUUGAUCUCUUUAAGCUACUUUCACACACACAGUUUUGCUUACCAAGCAGGAGCCUUUUCUUUGCUAUUACUGCAGUUUUCUGUCUCUGGCCUUACAAACGAGGUAUCUGCUCUAUUUAGUUGCCUGGGGUAGACGUGACAAACUUUGGAUAUGCCAGAGACACGUUUGAAUAUCAAGGUGAAUUUGCAUUGACAGCUACCCCGCAUGAUUUCUUUGGCUGGAUAUUUCUGAAGAUAAAAUUCUGAUCCUAGGGUAAGAUCUUGUUUCUAUUUUAAAAAUAGUAAUAGGAAUGUGAAAACCAGUACUGUGCGGUGGCAGCAGGAGGAAAGAAAACAUCUGUUCAGGGCAGGAACAGGUUUGGAUCGAUUUGGGCAGACAGAUGUAGAAUUGAAUAUAUUGGAAUCGGGCUGGGAACAUUCUUAAUGUAGGGAAUUCCAUUCUGGGCACCACUGAAAUGCAGAGCAAGUCUGCAGGGAACACCGAAUCCUCAGAAUUUACUCUUAAGCUUUACCAGAUUUGUACAGUCACUUCAAACUCCCCAUGCGUUUGAUACAAAACCUACACUUCAUGGCUGAUAGCAUCUGCUGAGUGUGUGGAUUGGAAGCUGCCCGUGACAAGAUACUAGGAGGAAAAUGAUGGAGGAAUAUGUACCAGAAACGCAAGGCACGCCGGAGCCAGUCAACCUGUCGGGCAACGCCUCUUCGAGGUGCCCAGAUACCAGGAGGGCUGACGAAACACCUGGAGCGAAGGACUGUUCAAACGUCGCUUGUGCUGGAGCUGGAGCUGGCGUCCUGGAAAUGGAAUCGAGGUUGUUGCCCUCAGACCAGGAUCCGCCAGCCACUGACCUGAGCGGCGGCGGGGGCCUGGCGGAAAGACAGGAGCAGCAGUCUGCGCUUGACGACAGCGGAGGGGCGGACUGCGGUGCCAGUACCUGCUCUGAAAGUAGGGUCGAGGGCUCCACGAAGCCAGGGCGUUUAUCUAGCGAAGAAUUUGAACAAGAUCCAAAAACUAAUCAGGCCGAACAAUCGUUAAUGGAAAUACUGCAGGAGCUAAGGGAGGAAUCUGACUUUGUGAAAAAAUCUAGUGACAAAAUCUACUCAGAAAGCCCUUACGACACAGACUGCACAAAGAAGCUUAUUUCCACCAUGCAUCAGACUUCCUCACAGGAUGAUUUGCUGAAGGAAAUAGAGUCUGAACUCUUAUCUACAGACUUUUCCAAAGAACACAAAUGUCCAAACGGUGUGAGGAAAGGUGAACGUGCCUUGGCGGUGUUUGAAAAAUGCGUGCAAGAUAAAUACCUGGAGCAGGAGCAAACUAUAAAAAAAUUGAUUAAAGAAAAUAAAAAACAUCAAGAACUGAUUUUGGACAUUUGCUCAGAAAAGGACAGCUUAAAAGAUGAACUGAAAAAGCGAACAGAAACAGAAAAGCAGCACCUCAACAUCAUUAAACAGCUAGAAGCAAGAAUAGAAGAGCUUAUUAAAGAAGUGAAAGCUGGUAAAGACAAACUUUUAACUCAAGAUGCAGCAGCCAAAAAUGCUAUUCAACAGUUGCAUAAAGAGAUGGCCUAUCGAAUGGAACAGGCAAAUAAGAAAUGUGAAGAAGCACGCCAUGAAAAGGAAACAAUGGUGAUGAAAUAUGUCCGAGGAGAAAAGGAGUCUCUUGACCUCCGAAAGGAAAAGGAGAUACUUGAGAGAAGAGUGAGAGAUGCAAACAAAGAAAUUGAAAAGCAUGCUAAUAAAAUCAAACAGCUUUCUCAGGAAAAAGGAAGAUUACACCAGCUCUAUGAAACUAAGGAUGCUGAAGCCACUCGACUCAACAAAGAAAUAGAAAAACUGAAAGAAGAAAUCAAUUCUCAUGUUAUCAAAGUGAAAUGGGCUCAGAACAAAUUGAAAACUGAAAUGGAUUCGCACAGGGAAUCAAAAGAGCGCCUCAAAGAUGCAACAACAAAAUUAACUCAAGCAAAAGAAGAAACAGACCAGAUAAGGAAAAACUGUCAAGAAAUGAUAAAAACCUAUCAGGAGUCAGAAGAAAUUAAAUCAAACGAAUUGGAUGCAAAGCUCAGAGUAACUAAAGGAGAACUAGAAAAACAAAUGCAGGAGAAGUCUGAUCAUCUGGAGGUGCAUCAUGCAAAAAUAAAAGAACUGGAAGACUUGAAGAGAACGUUUAAAGAAGGCAUGGAUGAACUUCGAACACUGAGGACAAAGGUGAAGUGUCUAGAGGAUGAGCGCUUAAGAACAGAAGAUGAGUUAUCCAAGUAUAAAGAAAUCAUUAAUAGACAGAAGACUGAAAUUCAGAGUUUGCUGGACAGAGUCAAAGCUGUAGAUCGUCUGCAGGAUCAACAUCAGAGAGAUGAACAAGAUAUCAGUGCUUUAAAGGAAGAAGUAGAUGGUCUCAAUUCUCUUACUGCUGAUCUCCAGAAGGACAUUGAAGGUAGUCGGAAAAGAGAAUCUGAGCUAUUGAUAUUCACUGAAAAAUUAACCAGUAAGAAUGCACAGCUUCAGUCUGAAAACAAUUCCUUACAGAGCCAGUUGGAUAAGCUUUCUUACAGCGAAAGAGAGCUGCAGAAUCAGAUGGAAUGUGUUCGACAGGCUAAAGAUGAUCUGGCCACCAAGCUGCAGAAGGAGGAGGAUCAGCGAAAGCUAGAGGUUGAGACGCUACAGGCUCAGCUGGCUUCAGAGCAGAAAGAACUAACAGCGCUGAAGACCCACGUGGAUGAACUGAAAGAUGAACUGACCACCCAGAAGCGCAAGCAUGCAGCCAACCUGAAAGAUCUCACGAAACAGCUUCAGCUAGCACGGAGGAAAUUGGAUCAGAUGGAAAACGGUAAUUAUGACAAAGAAGUCAGCAGCAUGGGGAGUCGUUCCAGUUCAUCAGGGUCCCUGAACGCGCGCAGCAGCAAUGAGGAUCGGUCACCUGAGAACACUGGAUCUUCAGUGGCUGUGGACAGCUUCCCGGAGGUGGACAAGUCUAUCUUGGUUGAAAGAAUACUGAGGCUACAGAAAGCACAUGCUCGAAAAAAUGAAAAGAUGGAGUUUAUGGAGGAUCACAUUAAACACCUUGUGGAGGAAAUCAGGAAAAAAACUAAAAUUAUUCAGAGUUACAUUUUGCGGGAAGAAGCUGGCACGCUGUCCUCAGAGGCCUCUGACUUCAACAAAGUACACUUGAGUAGACGAGGUGGGAUUAUGGCAUCUCUGUAUACAUCUCAUCCCGCAGAUAGCGGUCUCACGUUAGAACUCUCCUUAGAGAUUAACAGAAAGCUGCAGGCUGUGUUAGAAGAUACAUUACUGAAAAAUAUUACGCUGAAAGAAAACCUUCAAACUCUAGGAACAGAAAUAGAACGACUUAUUAAACACAAGCACGAACUGGAACAGAGAAUAAAGCAGACAUAACUAAAGCUUCUGUGGAAUAACUGAUACGAAGAUGCAGAAAAGGCAGGUGCUACAGACCACUGUUUUUCUACGUUUUUCCUGAAAUUUGAUUGCCUGCCAGCACAAGCAUCCAGUAUUUUGUAUACACGGCCUUUAGUCAUACAGGCUGUUCUUACUCGUGAGAGAUAUACAGGGUACGGCAUCAGUGUGGUUCUGUCUACCCAAUACCAGCCUGAGGUGUUGCUGAACUUUCCUACACACUACAUUUAUCUAAAACUUUUAUUUGAAAUGACAUACAGAUGCUUUGCAGUGCAUACUAUGUUUUCAGUGAGUUGCAGUGAGAUUUUCAUUUCUACACUGUAUAAUUAAUCAGUCUUUUAAUGAUGGAGCUUGAAAAAAUAAACCAAUCAUGUUUUAAUUGCUGUUGAACAUAUCCAGUGCUACUGAGCUUUAAGGGCUUUCAGAUAUUAUUUCCUUUCUUGCAUAUUACUUCUAAUGAUUAGGUUGAUGGGGCAUUUUUGACAAAUGCAUGGAAAAAUGCUUUGUCACAACAUUUUUUAAGUGACGACUAUGACAUUGCUUAUUUUCUGCUUUGGAUUAGCAUUCAUUGGGUCAGUUUCUUUAUUCAAAAGAAAUGAAAUGAAACAACAGUAAAACUAAGGGAUUAAGGAACUUUCUGAAUCAAUUAUUGAGUAUGUGCAACAGAAACAAACAUCAAUUCAGCAAAUUCUGUAAACCCCUGAUCUUUAGGUGUAUGGGUCUAAAGAAGUCUGAUCUCCGAUAACUGGUUAAUAAAACUUUGUCCUUUUUUAUAACUAACAACAUUUUAAAAAAUAGGAGUUAAACUGCCCACUGUUACAUAUGUACAGAUAGACAUUGUGCUUGCAUCUGUUUUCAGAUGAAGGAAAAAUUUUCAAAGACAAAUAGAAGCUUACUAAGUUCUCUCAUCAGCUAUGAAUAGACCAGCCCAUGAAAGUGGUGCUAAGAAAUGGAAAAUAUGUCUAAAUGGGAUUUCAUUCUGUUGGUUGGACUGUAAAAGUGGCAUAGAAAUGUGUGUGACUCCUUAAUUUUACUGUUGUGAAGAAUUAAGGCGGUUAAAAUGGCGUGAACUGAGAAUUGUUGUUUAAUCCCUCAGUGUCUGAGAGGGUGAUAGCAGAAGAGGACCAAGGUGACAAGUUUUUAGUUUCACAACAUCACGUUCGCGUUUUAAUUCCAAGAUACGUAAUUCACAGGAUCUGAAAUGUCUAUUCCAGCAGUAAAUGCAUUAUCAGUGUGUUUAUUGCCUUCUGACCAAAAUGUAUUGACCAGUUCACCCUGUAAAUACAUACGUUGGGUUUUUCUUAAAUACUUGAACUUCGUAUUAUCAUGAAAAAAAAAGAUUCAGUGUACAUCUGUAUGCUGGAGCACACAAGGAGGAGAGUUUAUGAAAGCAUCCAGGUGACUUAGGGGUGUGUACUCCAUUUUCAUGUGCCACUGAGUCACUUGAGCAUUGUAAUGAACCAAACUGAGCAAAAUAGUUGGGGAUGAGACAGUGGGAUAGGCACUUCUGAAAGCACUUGCAGGAUCUAGACCUGGUUUGUGGUCCAGGGAGCUUCAGGGGCUCUUUGGGUAGCCGGUCCCUUCAGUGUCAGUGGAGUAAGUGUUUGGACAGGGAGGGUGGAAACGAGUUAUGUAGACCCUGAUGAGAGUCGUAGAAGCUGUGAGCCUUUAAUCUGGGUGGGUUUUAUACACAUAUGUAUAUUUUUUUUAAACUCCUGAGAACAAUGUUUAUUGAAAACAUUAGGGAAUUUUGACCAGCGCAGUCGUGGGGCUACCUCUGCUUUAUUGUUGCUUAAGUGAUGUGGAGAGGGAAAUUCCUGGCUCUGCUGAAACAGAUUUGUCCCCGACUUCUGGGAAGCUGAGAUUUAACCCCGAGCGAACAGGCAGUUGGUCGUGACUGAGCUAGACCUUCUGCUGAAGGAAAGUAUUUAGAAAGACCAAUUUGCAUGUCGAGACAUAGCUUAGUUUUUGUAUGUUUGCGUUUUCAUGCUUUAAUGUACCAGAUCUCUGGAUAUUUUCAGGUGUUCAGCUGAAUGACUCCAGUAUUUUAGAUACGAUGUUAAUAUUGCAAUCAUUUAAUAUAUGUUCUUCAGGUGUACAAUGUGAAUGAAGGAGAGGUGUGGUGCAGAUGGAAUAAGUGCAAUGACAUUGUGGAAAUUCUUACUUCUUUUUGGCAUGGUUGUUUCUCCAUUUAAGUUAUUUGAGGAACCUAGUUAGUUGCCCUCCUGCCCUGCUGGAAAUGCUGCUUUCCUCUCUGUAGCACUAAAAACUUCCCAGACUUUUUCCCCCCUGCUUACGGAGACACACAGAGCUGCAGAAAUUUCACUUUGCUUAUCGUGCAUGGUAUUUACGUAGACUAAAGGCAUCAUCAGGAGGCUUUAUUUUAAGCAUACCUGUUAGAGAUAGAAGCUCCGCUGUAGCUGGCACAUUAACAAGUGACUCUAUACAGUUAGCCCAGAGUGUGGGGAACACGUGACAGGGCCAGCCAGCAACUCUGCGUAAAGGUGUUGCUCAGUCCUGAGAGCUAAUGGUGUACCAGCCACGGCAGUGUUGGCAGGCCACCUGCCUUUUGUUUUGGUGGGGUAGAUUGCCAGCAGUGUGAUCUUGUUGGUGCACACAACAAGAACCCUUGUGAAAAGGUGUUUCUGUGGGAUGACUCGUGCCGUUGAACACCAGUGGGUGCAAGGCUCGGUUUAUUACAUUUCACUUAUCCUUGUUCUGGAGACUUUGUGUGUUACCAGCAAGAGAUUGAAAACUGUCCUUAGAUAAAAUAAAUUUUGCUGAUGAAAUGAUAAACUGAUUUUGAAGACAGCCUGGAGCAGUGAGCUUACAUACCUGUCACUGAAUUUCAGUGUCCAUUAGAUGUGUGGCUAGCUGUAUCCCACAGGCUAAAACAUCUGAUUCCUAAACACUCAGGGUGCUCUUUUAAUCCAAACAUCUCACAUCCAGAUGUUCUCAGAGGCCCUGCAGGAAGGCUGCUGGUGCUUUUCCACCCUCUGUAAGAUCCUGUGCUGUCACUGUCUAAAGCUAGAUCCUCUGAACUGAAGAAUUCUUUUUUUUCCUGUAGAAAUCACUGGCUUUCUGCUUCGUACGCUUGUGCAAUAUGUUUAAUUUCAGUCUCCAGAAUGCAUUGGAGGUCAGUUUGUUCUCAGAUACGCUCUCAUCUUCUUAACUUGUUGCUGGCAACACCUACAGUAUCUCCAGCUGCUAAAACUGAAGUUACUCUUUUGAAAUAGUUUUCAUUACAAUAGUUUAGUUAUGAACUAAACGAAACAAUAACAGAUCAGAUCUCUGGCUUCCACUGAACUGAGCGUAAAGCUGUUUGCCUGCGUGCUGCAGGGACCCUGCAGGAAUCUAGGAAGGGGUUCAGAGCUCAGGGCCCGACAGCCCUCAAGGAAUGGGCUUUGACCCUUCUAGCUGCCAGUGUGAUGGGAAAUACCAACGGUAGGUGGCACUAGAAAUCAGAUUUAUCCUGUCUCCCCAGCCGCCUGAGACCUUUCAGAAGGCAGACAGCUGAGCUGCAGAGGGAGUUGGGUGGCAUUUACAGCUUUUCCAAGACGGAUGGCAUUUCCUUCCUGUUUUCAUGUUCAAACUGAAACUAUGUUAAAUCUUCCAAUAUAUGUACGUACGUUGUCUGAAUAUACAGAGUGUCUAUUGAUUUAAUUUUGUAGAUACUUGUUUCUGUAUAAAGUUUUUGAAGAUAUCGCUAUACAUUAUGUAUAUAUUGUACUUUGAAAUAAUAAACCGACAAAUGAGUGAAA